AGGAGUGCAAAUAUUUGCAGGAAUACCAGCUUCUCUAUUAAGUGAUAUAUGGGGAAGAAAACCAAUAUAUUUAUUUUCGGGACUUACAACUGCACUUGCAUUAGGAAUAGUAGAAAUUAUUCUUCAACUAUUACGGUUAUUAAUAUGAAAGAAGAUGCCGGUGGAAAACCUCAAAGAAGGAAAGCUUAUUUUUUUCAGUUUAUGUCUAUCCUGCCCGGUUACAUAUUAAUGAUAGAUGUUGGCGCAGUUUCAGCAUGGCCUUCUCCGGCAUUACCCUAUCUAAUAAGUGAAAAAUCAGAAUUUCCUGUCUCAGUGGAAGAGAGUUCCUGGCUCCCAUCUGUUAUAAACAUCUCUGCCCUAUUUGGAAGUAUACCUGUUCCUAUGCUUAUAAAUCGAAUAGGAAGAAAGUAUACACUUCUAGUAUUAGGUCUCCUGCAACUAAUAUCUUGGAUUCUAGUAAAUCUUUCUUAUAAUUACACAAUCUUAUUAAUAGCAAGACUUUAUGCUGGAUUUUGCAUAGGAGGAACGUUCGGUAUGCUUCCUAUCUACAUUGGAGAAAUUUCUGAAAAAAAUAUUAGAGGUUCAUUCCUCUCUUUAGACAAGAUAUUUAUGAAUGGUGGUGUUUUCGUCAUUAAUGCACUUGGAGCAUAUCUAACCUACAAAAAUAUGAACUUGAUUAUGAUGAGUGUACCAAUGACUGCAAUAUGUAUGUUUCCAUUAAUAUCAGAGACGCCAUACUUUUAUUUAUUGAAAGGCCGAGAUGAGGAAGCUAUCAAUACCCUUAUGAAAUUGUCAGGAGUGAAAAAUCAGGAGAUGGUUAUGGAAGAUAUUAAAAGAAUGAAAGAGGCUAUCAUCGAAAGUAGAAAAUCAAAAAAUAGUAGUUUACGAGAAAUUUUUAUUGAUAAGGGUAGUCGCAGAGCUGUGAUAAUUAUAUCAAUUACAAAAAUAAUAUACGUAUUUACAGGCCAAGUAGCAAUUCAAUCCUAUACUCAGGAAAUUUUCAGCUACAGUGGUUCAUCUAUCACACCGGGACAUGCAGCAAUGAUCCUAACAGGAGUGCAAAUAUUUGCAGGAUUACCAGCUUUUCGAUUGAGCGAUAAAUGGGGAAGAAAACCAAUAUAUUUAUUUUCUGGAUUUACAACUGCACUUGGGUUAGGAAUAGUAGGAUUGUUCUUCUUUUUGAAACUGUUUCUAAAAUAUGAUGUGUCUAAUAUAACAUGGAUGCCCUUGGUAUUUUUGGUUUUAACCCAAUUUUCAUGUAAUGUUGGACUCUCUACUAUGCCCUUCAUAUAUUCGGGAGAACUUUUAUCAGUCAAAGUAAAAGGCGUUGCUACAAUUCUUACAUCGAUUGUUGGAACGCUGUCUUCGUUUUCUGUAAAAAUGUUGCUACCUUUCUUAAACAUGACAGUUGGUAUUUAUACCAGCUUUUUUGUAUUUUCUGGCGCGUGUAUUAUUGGACCUAUUAUUCUCGUCAGUAUUGUUCCUGAAACUAAAGGUAAAAAUUUGGAAGAAGUAAGUAAAUUAUUCAAACAUAGUAAACGAAAUAAUUGUUUUUUAGCAGAACAAGCGCAACAUAUCUGCCCGCAAAGCGGCAGUAAAAUAGCACUUUAUUGUACUGCGACGCCCGACACGUAA